AUGCAAGUCUUGUACAGAUUCAGAUCCGAGAGGGACUUCAGCAAAAUAGAAACGGACAGAUCAUCCAUGCCCCUGUGGGAAUUAAAGGCGGAGAUAGCUGCCAAAAGAUAUUUAACCUUCCAUGACUACCACCUAAUAUUCUACGUGGAGAAUGAGAAAGCCCCAAUAACAGACAAUUAUGCUGUUAUAUACAGUAAUAUGAGCAUAGUCAUAGAAAGAGUGCCAAAUCACAUUAAUGCCGGGUAUAAAGAAGCCUUAGAAAAAGCCAAGCAGCCAGAAGAACAGCCUAAGCCCAAAGAGGAAUCAGGGAGUAUUACAAUGCAUAAUAUACACGGAAUGAGAGUACCACCAGACUCGUACAUAUGCUUUAGAUGUGGACAGAAGGGGCACUUUAUACAAAUGUGCCCAACCAAUAAUAAUAAGCAGUACGAUGCAAUGAGAAUUAAAAAAGCCACAGGAAUUCCAAAGACUUUCCUUGUUCCUGUUGAAGAAACAUCCCCAACCUCGGUGCUCCUCAAUGAAGAAGGAAAGUUCGUGCGUGCCCAGCCACAGACUAAAGAAUUCUCGCGUAGGUUCCGCUCAGCAGAAGAAAGAUCCAUCCCAAAAGAGUUCAUCUGUCCACAGUGUAAUAGUAUGAUUGUAGAGGCAGUCAAGUUAAAGUGUAAGCAUACACUCUGUGAAUACUGCGUAUCCGGAAGGUGUCCCGUGUGCAAGAAGAAAUCAUCAAGUGCAGCAAUUGAUACAAAAAUGAGAAAGAAGAUAGAAAGCUUCCUGGAGAAUAGUAAAGUGUAAAUUACGCACAGAUACGUAAAUAGUCUAAUUAAUUACCGGGUACAACCCGAUAUAACCCGAAUAUUCAAAUAAAUAAGACAAACCACACAGAAUUUUAGUCAUAAAGUACACACAUACCCAAAUAAACAAGGAAUAAUCAAAGGCAUACAAGUAUUAUUAAUAAACCCGGACAGGAUAUUAGAAAAUAAUCAGUAUAAAUAACCCGA